AUGGGUUGUCUCAAUCUCUGGGUGCUUAUGGAUGCGUUCCCACGAAGUUGUUGCAGGAAUUUGGAGUCGGUCGUCAACCAUCCACUCUACGAUUCAGCCAACUACACGAAAGAAGUGCAAGAGUCUACAAGUAACAGGAUCUAUCCAACCACCAAUGAAGAUUUCGUUUAUUCAGUUGCGCCGGAAUACCAUAACAACGGUGUCGAUAACCUAACUAGCACUUCGCUGAGUAUAAGUCAAUCCAUUGGCCAUAAUAGCAACAGUGGCCGAGAAUUUGUAGAGCCUACGCCUUUCGUCCCUCGAAUUGACCUUCCGCAGCGUCGUGUCGACGAUAACAAUCGUCGGGCACGUCGAGACUAUUUCUCCAUUCCGAGAGCUUCCAAUGCUUAUGAUGUUGUAGAUGAUAAUUCCAAUCCCUACGGAUCCUCUAAGAAAGAAUCCUUCGACUUUCAGCAGAAACCAGCACAACGCAGCAAAAGCGUCUCCAGAACCAUGAAUAAUACUGACGGUAGUUUCCAGAAUCAACCUGCCAAUGGUGUCAUGAAUGAGGCUCAAUCAAAUGGAACAAACAGUAGAAUGUACAGUAGAUCCUGUUCGAGAUAUCGAAGUACUGAUAUGGAUGUUGCUCUUGCUAAUACCACAGUGUCUCGGGAAAACCUUACCACCAAUCCUUUGAACGGUGAUGGUACUAAAAAAAAGAUGGCUUUGUCCUUAUUCGAUUUAUCAAACAGAAUACCGAGUAAUCUUCAUGCUGUUAAUGGAAAGUCAACGAACUCCCUACUUGAAACUGACAUUGAUACUGGUGAACAGAAGAGUCAGCAAAUUGUACUGGAAACAGAUGUGGAUACAUUGAACACAUGUCGUUUGGUGGGAGGUUUUAGAGCUGAGGAUCAAGGGCCUAUACAAUCAGCUAAUGAUAAGACCUACAGUUUAUUUAACUUGACAACCCAACAAAAAUCAGAUAAUAAACAUCACAGUCGAGCAGACGCCUAUAAGCGAGCUCAAAGUCUCUCCGGAAUUACUAAAACGGGGGAAUAUCGAAGAUCCGAACCUAAGGCAACCACAUCUGGACUCGUUGCUCGGUUGAGAGCUCGAGCCCGAUCUAACCAUGAGUUACGCGUUGCUGAGUCGCUAACAAGAAUCCAUGUCCCUGAUUGGUUGGACAAAGCGGAACUUUCUAAACCUAUUUCACCAGUUCGUCGUUCACCUUCCGCAUCACCACCUCGAGAACCUAAUACUCCAGCUGUGCUUCAAAAUGGAACUUCUUCAUUACCCUCAACAAUGCCGAUUCAGAGCCCACUACUCCAUUAUACUAGUAAGACCGUAGAAACAAUCUCAAAACCCACCAAUUCCUUACUCUUUCCCUCUCGACCAGAUCCUCAUCGACCUCUUAGACCCAGCCAAAUUUUGCGAGAGCGAAAUGCUUCCUCUGGUCCUAAAUUAGUCCCCAUUAAGUCAUCUCUGAAGAGUUCCAUGAAAAGUCAGGUGAAAAGUGAAAGUGGAAAAUCCUCAACUCCUUUGAUUCGUCCUGAUCCAGCUGCUUCUUCCUCGCAGGCUGUUCAUCUUUCUCCCGAAGACUUCCUAACUCGAAAAGAAAUGGUUUGGAAUGAACCGACCUCCAGUCCUCAAAUCCCUCCUCCUGCUCCCACUGCUUACAUGAAUAUUGCUGCUGCCUCUGCAGAGAUUAUCCAAGCGCCCAAGCAACAUCACAGUCUAACACUUUCUUCCCCUUCCUCCCUAUUUUCCCAACCAAAGUCUGCUCAAAAUGGACAUUCAACAUCUAUAAAACCAGAGGAAGAACGAAUUGCAUCGCCAAAUAGUGCAAACGGCAGUGAGAGUAUCAGAAUGGCGGAUUCUGAUAGCUUGGUGAACAAUCAAUUUUACCAGCCGAUGGAAGUGACGCUUAAUAACAAUAAGCAGGCACCAAAAAACAAUUGGAUUAAUGAUGAAGAGAUCUACGAGGAAGUCCAGCGUCCAACCAAAUUUGCACCACCACCUCUUUCUAUGCCUCGCAGUUCCCCUUCGAAUUCCUCAUUCAGCAAUCAUGUCGGCUUGAGUUCAAAUCCACAAAGUCCCACUUGGCAUAAUGCAGAUUCAGAUGGUGAGAGCGAAACUGCGGCAACAGAUGGCCUCGACAAUAUAUCAGACCUCACUUGUCUAACCGACCUCCUUGAUCGAUGCUCUUCUCGACAUCUAAAUCUUCUGCAAAAUCGUCCAUCCGCAUUGGAGAGCGUUAUUUCUCAAUUUGGCUGGUGGUCAAGUAGCAGCUCAAAUGGUAGGCAACCGCAACACGGGUCUGGAGAUUAUGUUGCUCUAGCAGCUGGCGCUUUCAAUCCUGACGAAGACAGCCAUCGAAAUGAGUUCUUGACACUGCUCUGUAGUCCAUCAUCACAUGGUCCACUGAUUCUCACGGAGUUCGGUUUUGACCAAAAGAGGAUAGGCAUGGACAGAAAUCCCAAAGAUGGCAUGCUUUACUUGCGAUGUAAUAACCCAUCCUGCCCGAGAAUGGGUCCAACUAGAGUCGAUAAGGCACGGUCAUGGCGAACAUGUACAAAUUGUUUUACCACAUAUUGCUCCCCAAAAUGUCGAGAACAGGCUCAGGUUGUUCAUAACAUGGUAUGCACUUUUGGUAGAGUUCGACUAGUCUGUGGUAGGAUUCUGCAUAGCUUGUCACCUAGCCAGCAAACAAGUUUAACAGCUCUUGCUAAAGCCGGGGCAACUAGACUUGGCCGCGGAGGAAUUCUUAUCACCUUCGCUUCAGUUCAAGAUGCUGAGUACUUCCUGGCAAGAAGUGCCGAACACGUGCGCAGACAACCUCCUGGGGUUGUUUUAACCAAUCAACCAAGUCCUUCAGGACUCAUAGCUCCUCCAAUCUAUCUAACCAUCGAUGAGUUGAAUAAGUUGGAUUCAAAGUUAGCAACUCCUUGUAGGAUUUAUAAACCUAGUGUCAGCUAUGUUCUUAUUGUAAUCGUUUGUGCCUAUGACUUGGAAAUGAUGAAAAAUGGACGAGCGGUACAUCUUUAUAAGCAAUGUAUCAUACUACCAUUUCCCAUGGCAGUCCCCCAAGUUCUUUAUCCCGUGGAGGUACCACCGACAAGAUCAAUUCUCGGAGGUAAAGAGCUGAAAGUGCCACGAACGACUAAAGAAGAAAGAGAAGCCUACUUAAAACAACUUCAGCGAACCCUGCGAGAACGUGGAAUAAGUCUACGCCACAGUGAACCCGAAAUUUAUAAACGUUUAUCAGCUUUUGUUGAAACUGGUGACUUCUUCGAGCCUAUUGAAUUUGAUUUUCAUGAUUAUUACUCUAAUCAAGUAAUAACUUGUAUUGUUGCUCCAAUGAAAGACGUACUAAUUCAUAAAAAGUCAGAUUUUUCGAGAAAAAUUCUACCUGAAGGGACACAUCAGUCACGAAAUUAUUCAAAAGAGAAGGUCUACCGAAUGCCCAGAUCUCGAAUUGGGGAAACGGAGUUGUAA